CCUGUCAUAUCUUGGUCAUAUCUUCCCAUCUCUUUCUCGUCGAUUAUCUUUGUCGACGAUUCCCUUUGUCUCCAAGUCUCCCUGUCCUCUGGUCUUGUUUUGGUAUCAAGUCUCACCUGGUCAAUAUACCUCUCAUUGUAUCUAUUGGCUCUCUCUUGUACUAAAAUUUACACCAUCUCUCUUGGCCAAAAUACCGACAGAAUGCCCGUCCCUUUGCGGGCCAAUGCUAAUCUUCGAGCUGAAGCCAAGUACAACGUUGUCACCGAAUUCCCCAACUACGAUUUGCAUUCAGCUGCAGCUUCAGGAAAUCAAGGUCUUGCCGAAUAUGCACUGGCCCGCGGUCAACCAGUAAAUUCAGUGGUAGAUGGUGUACUUCCUUUACAUGCUGCCUGCGCCGGAGGCCACGAACAGGUAGUCAAAUUGUUGCUUGACCAUGGGGCAGACGUGAACGCGGCCAGAUUGCCACGACGUUACUCCAAUGAGAAGAAUCGGGAUUCCUCUGCGCCUAUUGUAGGCACAACUGGUUCUACACCUCUACAUUUUGCGGCAGCCAACGGCAACAAGAAUGUCAUAAUCACCUUGUUAAUGCGAGGCGCGCACGCAGAUCGUCGCGAUAAACACGGAAUCACUCCCGCUAUGCUGGCCGAGCAGUAUGGUUGGCUCGAGUGCGCUGAUGUUCUUAACAAUUGGGUCAAGGACAAGGACCGUGAUCUAAGAGAACGUGUACAGCCAGAUGAGGGUAUUUCCAUGGCUCUGUCUGUAGCGCAGGCUCCUUCUGGUAGCGAGGACGAUAUCAAGCCGAACACGAGGAAGCAUAUACAGGUCAAACGGUCAAUUGACACUGCUCUCAAUAUACUCAAGGCUGGUUCAACUUCCACACCCUCUUCCAAGCUUGCAUUGAGUUCUACGUCAUCUUUUACAAACAACGCUCGCACUACCUCACCUAUUUCUCCAACCAUCGCUCGUCGUGACUUCUCACCUUCUCCAUCAGAAGAUGGACGCUUUAGCCCAAGCCCGAGCCCUAUCAACCAAGAGUCUCGAAGACCAUCACUUCCUCACAUAUUUCAAACGCCUUCCAGCUCCUCACAGCGGUCGCAGAAACCUGCGACGCUCACUAAACCUAGGAAUUCACGUAGACCCCGUUCUGCUGGUACUGACGCUGAGCAGGAUCCUGAUCCUGAUGGAAGUGGCACUGGGUUCGGCCGAGGAAGUACCGGAAAAAAACUAGGGACCAAAUAUUCCUUGUUGAAUCUUUUCAAGAAAGGCAACGAAUCAGGAGGCGUUCCGCUAGAGAGGACUGCCUCGUAUCAGAGCUCUGCGUCUAUUCCAUCGCCUAGCCCAAAUUCGUCCAAGUUCACAGCUAUUCUUUCAAGUUCCCCACAACUGAAUGCAUCUCCGCUGAACGAAAAUGGCCCUCUUCCUGCUGUUGGAUUUCGGUUUGGUGGGUCAAGUUCUUCACACACGCGGACGUCUCCAUCGACAUCAUCAUUAUUCCAUCAGCAGACGUACACUCCUCCUCGUCCUUCGGUCCCACUUGCUGCUGAUUUGCAUCACGGCAUCACCGCUCAACAUCAUCGUUAUUCUAAUCGAGACCGAUCGGGUUCUUCGGGGAGCGCUGCGCGCUAUGAACCUCCAACGGGCCUAGGAAUUUCCUUUGACGAGGCCGAUGGCGAGACUGCCGCCAGUUUCAAUAAGCUUUCGACUAGACGCUUUCGACCUUCUGAUAUUGAACAACAUCGGGAUAGGUCAGGCUCAAAUGCGAGCAAUCGUAAUGGCACUAUAUUUGACGACGAAAUCAUAAUUUCUACUGGUCCGAACAACGGCAGCUCCGGAAACAUAUCUACAACCGAAAGCAUCAUUGGAGGAACCAGCAAGAAUAAUUCUCGACCCAGUAUACUGCGGGGUCAUAACCGGACUUCUUCGUCAAGUCAACCACGUGCACUGAGGUUCGAUUCAUCUACUUCUGGGAGCGGUGUGGUCCCACGAAGAGAAAGCGACGCGCAACCUCCGAGGACUGUCAAUAUACCUCUUCGAGGAUGCAUCAGUGCCGGAUCUCUGAACCGAUUUCAGAAUGAACGAAAUGGUUCACCUAGACUACAACCUAUGGCUUUAGAAAAGGAAAAGGAGCAGCCAUGGAAAGCUCGUGUUCCAGAUUCCGCCCCCGCCAACAUCGGUGAUUUCGACUUUACGGUCACUGAGGAAAACGAAUAUGGACAUCCCAUCCAGCCGUCUAUUGCAGCGCGCCUCGGGAUUCAGACUCGCAACCGGGGUUCGUCAUUCACCUCUUCCGAGUCAUCCCUGUCGCCUGCACUUUCAGCAGGAGAUGAGCCCACAUCAACAGUUGCAUUGCAUGCCGACUUUCCGUUUAGCCUUGACGCGCCUCCGCCAAUCGAUGAAGUGGACGGUGUGGCGCCUCCCCAGGUGCAAUUAUCACCUCCACCUGUUGAUUCUCGAAUGAGAGGUGACAGUGUCAGUAGCACGAGUACGGCUGAUAGUGGAUUAAACCCGAGCUUGAGUGCGAGUGCCACCACUAGUGGAAGUGGGAGAAGCGGCACAAUACCAACUCCUAUGGUUUCGCCAGAAGGCGGUUCAUAUUUGAAUUUAUCGAGUGCAGAUUCUAGACCAAGGAGCAAUAACGAAAAAAUCAAUGUGCCCGAAGUUUCUUACGAUGAUUAUCUGGAAGCGGGUCCCGCACAAGGUGUGGCGGUUAUUGGCAUAAAUGAACGUCGCGGGAAUACGGCAUUAGAGAACAUCGACGUCAAUAUCGUUUCUUCGCAUGCCCAAGCUGAGGCACUGGUACAACGUACACAACAGGAUAUUCUUUCUGCCCAUGCAGAUGGACACAGUUCAAGCACUGAUUCAAUGCCUUUAAGUGCUAGAUUAGCUGCACUUGGUGAAAGUCUCGAGUUAGAGAGAAGAUUGAGGGAGAAGAAGCAGGCAGAAGAGGUCAAGGCACAGGUUACAGCUGAGUUGUUGGAAGACAGUACUAGUUCGACAGCACGAACGGAAAUUCUUCGUCAGUGUAGCCUUGAUCAAUUGUCGGGAUCAGUCUCGUCUUCUCAACAAAUUCGACGGCCUCACGCAAAUAGUGAGGCCUCGCGAAUUGCAACGGUCAAUGAUAUUGAUAGUGCACGAAUAGACCGAACUAAACUCACACAUCAUCCUUCACUCUCGGCAUCUGUCGUUGAGGCUUCCGUUUCGUCACCAACGUUUGAUUCCGAUGUCGAUAGUCCCUCGAUUCAGUCCAAAUUCUUUGAUCGUAGGGCAAAUCAUUCUCGGACACCCGAUCUCGAAAACGACCUGAGCCGCAUAAGCUCUUUGGAAGGAUUCGAUGUGGAUACUGAGCUGGGACCCUCUUUGUUCCGCGUGUCCACAGCGCCCAACUCGAGCUUUUCGACUCGCGACAAACGGGAGCGGGAGUUGGCUAGUAACACUAAAUUAACUCGCAUGGGAUUUUCACCCAGUGAGAAUGCGCGCGCACCGUCGAAACGGUUCGGGGGACUCAAGUCUUUGAUGCAGUCGCUCAAGGGUAGCAAGUAAUGCUGAAUAUUUUCUUCUUGUGUGCAUUGUUGUACCUCUCUCUUUUCUCUUGCAUUAAAGUUUACUUUCCUCUGCUCUGAACUGCAUUGUCGUCGUCGCUUUCAUUAUUCUUAUUUUGCUUCUUUGUUGUUCAUUUGUAUACUACACGCACUUCUUUGCACUAUAUCAUCUUGUCUUGUUGUUUCUGCACUUCGUGUAUGUAUGUACAUGUACUCCAAACAAGAGGCUUUCUUGUCGAAUUCUAUGUAUACCUUUUCGGUCGUCAA